UUUAUACAAAAAGACAGUUGGAGAGUACCACAGUGAACGAGUGUAUUAUCGGAUCUUUACACUAACAAGCAAAUAUGUUCAGACAUUUGAAGUUGUUCUUGAUUUUCUUGCUCCUGACUUUCUCUGCAUCUGGUGUUGAAUCAGUAAUCCACGCCCUGUCGAUGUCCAGAGCUAAUGGACAUCUGCUGUCGAGUCAUUCUCUACAUCAUUCAUCAGUGAGGGGUUUGACAGAUUGUGUAGAACUGUGUUUGCGUCACUUUGAAGAAUGUUCCUCUAUAGCUUACGAUAGAGACAGACAAAUGUGUGACGUAUUUGCCAGUAAAUCUCAAUAUCAACUAGUUACACUGAUGUUCCCAACGAAUGUACUGCUGUACACGAUGCGGUAUCGCGACUGUACUGACGUCAAGCAAGGAAUGAGUGGUCAAAGUGGUGUUUAUAAAAUUAUGCCAUGCCCAUCAUGCGACGCGUUUCUUGCUUAUUGUGACAUGGACACUGAUGGUAAAGCGUGGACAGUAUUUCAGCGUCGACAAGAUGGCUCUGUAGAUUUCAACCAAAACUGGCAAAAUUAUGCGUCUGGAUUUGGCAAGUUAAGCGGCGAGUUUUGGCUCGGAAACAAGAAAAUCCACAAGUCAGCAAAGUAUGAAUUUCGGAUAGAUAUGGUAGCUACAGAUGACAGCGCUUAUCACGUCACCUACGAGUCAAUUGAGAUUGGAAGUGAAGCUGAAAACUUCAGAUUGAACAUAGGAGAGUACAUUGACGAUAGGUCAACAGCCGCCAACAGUACUGACGUCAAGCAAGGAAUGAGAAGUGAAAGCGGUGUUUAUAAAAUUAUGCCAUGCUCAUCAUGCGACGCGUUUCUUGCUUAUUGUGACAUGGACACUGAUGAUAAAGCGUGGACAGUAUUUCAGCGUCGACAAGAUGGCUCUGUAGAUUUCAACAAAAACUGGCAAAAUUAUGCGUCUGGAUUUGGUAAGUUAAGCGGCGAGUUUUGGCUUGGAAACAAGAAAAUCCACAAAAUUACGUCGUCAGCAAAGUAUGAAUUUCGGAUAGAUAUGGUAGCUACAGAUGACAGCGCUUAUCACGUCACCUACGAGUCAAUUGAGAUUGGAAGUGAAGCUGAAAACUUCAGAUUGGACAUAGGAGAGUACAUUGACGAUAGGUCAACUAUCGCCGAAGGACUUGACUACAGAACCUAUUAUAAUACCAACAACAAUGGCAUGAGCUUCUCUACAGUUGACCGAGAUAACGAUAAUGCCGACUGGUCCUGCAGUUUUCAGUAUAAGAGUGGCUGGUGGUUCAACGCAUGUUACAUUUCUAAUCUUAAUGGUCUAUAUAAAUCGGGAAUUGUAUGGGACCAUUUCGGAAGCCGCUAUUAUUUACGAUUCUCGGAAAUGAAAAUGCGAAGAGUUGUCUGA